AAAAGAUCGCAAAUCUUGUCGAACCGUCGCCAUGGUUGUGCGCAUCAAGGUGCGCGUCUUCCUGUUUCCCGUUGACCCGCUUGUCGAGCACUCGUAUGUUGUUGGGAGCCGCCCGGGCGGUCUGAGCUCGGUCAUUGGUAUGGUGGUCGUCGAGGACGACGAAGACUUGACCUUCCAGUCGGUGCGGCCUCGCAUCGAACUUCAGCAAGACGGCAGUGUCCUCCGGCGGCACAUCAUGUACCAAGAAGCCCUCUUCCUCAUGACAUCAGGCGCAAACCCGCACCAAUGGCCGGUGAAGGCGCUGCAGACGUACUGGCUCGGGUACUACGCCCACGAAGACGACCUUGUGCCCACGAUCAUUCCAACAGCCGACGAGCACCAGUCGUUCCGCGAAUUCCUCGACAUGAAGACGACCAAGCUCACCGCCGACCUGAUUCUAAUUCCCCAGAGCCAAAUCGGUCCCGUGUGCAAUGCGUGCUGCCAAGGCUGCGCCGCGUGCCCACCCAUCGCCGCAUGGCAUCCACGCUCCGACGUGGCCAAAGUGCCAGCGACCCCAGCUCCAAAUGCGAGUGCACCAGCCGCAGCGCUUUGACCCGGCGCAAUACUUGCGUAACCUCGUCACGCCCUCAUCAAGCCAUCGUAAAAGCGUCCCCGUUGUUCAUCCGUCCUCUGCAAGCAGUCUCGACAAGCAGUCCUGUUGCAUACUACAAUGAAUAACGAUCGAGCACUUCAACUGCCCAAGCAUCUCGGGUGACGUCUCAAUGAUAUCCAAGGAUUU